ACAGCAUCUACAACAAGCAUAGGAUACUGCCAAUUCGGGUGGGGUAAACCAUCAUGUACGGUGACUUGGCUCUCCAACUAGUCACUGCGUCUCAUAGAUCGACUUUGGCGAAUACUGCUCAGCUGCCUUUACCGAAAUACGCCUUGUCCCUCAUCCUGUCCAUCUGCCUGGAGACACGACAAUUAGGCAACAGCAUCACUGCUGCAGCAGAGCAGCAUGGUCAAGCCUCUCUCUCUCAGGACAGGGGUCUAUUGUGUAGUCUGACAGUACAACACCUCGCUGCCAGACGGAACAAACGUUGUCUGCUGGCAUACCUGCAGAAUCGGGUAGGAGGUAUCAAAGAGAGAUGGUGGGAUGCAGGCGGAGGAUUAGCGUAUCUAUUAUCACCUGGAACAUCAUCUGGAGUCACGUCGGAGGAUGCACCGGAUCUGAGAUCAGCACUAUCACCCCAAGAGCUAGAUUUCUUGCGUGGCUACAAUAGCUUGAUAUUGGAUUACAAGUCGGAUUUCCUGGAUGUCUUGGAUCUCACGGCGAGCAUCGAUCGACCGCCAAGUGAGCUCAUGGUGGAUGUUAGGGUCGUCAAGGAUGCAGGAGAGGUCAUACUUGAAGGAGGAGAACGUAUCGACUUUAGGAAGGGAGAGCGGUUCAGAUUGGCAAGAGGUCAAGUGGAGAGGUUGAUAGUACAGGGAUUUUUGGAGGAGGUAUAGAGACAAUCGAGCCUUGGAUUGGUCAGCCCAUAAUCUGGAAAGGGCACCGCAACGACUCGAUAGGCAUACUGUAGCAUAGCGCAUGUAUCAUGCAUCCGGCAUUAACGAUCG